UAACGUUUACAAGCCCUGGAUCUGAACAUUGCUGUUUUGAUGUAUACCUAACCUGUAUUUUUUUGUUUUAUCAGCAUUGGAAAAUAUAGAUUCAUAUAAAAUAAGUAUUAAGUUGCCGAUUAAGAAAAGAACAUCAUUAUGAAUCAAGCAGAAGUCACAAAAUUGGUAUCAAAAUUGCGUAUUCCUGUACCGGCCACACAUCGAAAACUACGGAAUUCCAAGGGUCCUGAAGGCAGGCUAGAUAAAUUACGUAAAACUGUGACUGGUCUCAUUAAAUAUGAAAGAAUCGAACUCAACUAUAAUAGAGGAGACGAAGCUCGUCAAUACGCAGAACGGCUUAUAUCAGAGGCAAUACGUCAUGGAGACUGCCAUAAACCCACAAUGGAAACUGCAGAUUUCUGGUUACUUGAAAAAGAGCUGAUCCACAAAUUGUUUAAAGUUCUUGUUCCACGGUAUGAACAGUCUAGUACAUGUUACACUAAUUUGGUUAAGGCACCAAGGGCUCAAAAUACAAGAAAUACUGAUAAAGUUGUUUUGGAACUAAAGGGAAACCCAUAUCCACCUCUGAUUAAUAAACAGGCUCAGAACCGACAGUUGAUCCAAAAUAUUCUUCUUGAUGCUGCCAAACAAGACUACAGGCAAGCAAAAUAUGCUGAAAUAGCAGCAAAAAUGGGUGAAGAAAAACCAGCACAGCUAGAAGAGAAACCCACAGAAAAAGCAACUGAGAACUGAAACCAAAGUAGUUACAUUAUUGAUUAGUAUUUUUAGGCAUUAAGAAUAUAUGCAUUUGUUUCA